UCUCUCUCCGUCCACCCCUUUCUAAACUUGUCUUCCCCUCUCUGCUGGCAAUUCUCUAUGUGGACACACAGCUCAGUGAUUGUCCAGACCGACAGAAGACAUAAAUAAAACAGACGACCGAUUGGCCUUCAAACACCCACUAUCACUAAAGACACAAAGGCGGCUGGUGAGAUGUCUGCUUCAACCCAGGAAGAAGAGGAGCUGCCUGCCAAUCACACAGGUCCAAAAGGUGUAAUUAAUGACUGGCGAAGGUUUAAGUUGGACAGCGUGGAUCAGACUGUCCCUCAGAAUAAGAGAGAGCUGCUCAGACAAAUGUCCAGUCCUCGAGAGGACGACAGAGAGAGACUCAACAGAAAGAUGAGUGCUCAGGAGUAUGAACUGAUCCAGGAAGAAGAUGAACGUUGCCUCAAACGCUAUAGAAAACAGUGUAUGCAGGAAAUGCAUGAGCGCCUGAGCUUUGGUCCCAAAUUUGAAUCGGUCUAUGAGCUGGACAGUGGAGAAGCUUUCCUGGAAGUGAUAGAGAAGGAGCAUCGGCUGACCCUAGUGGUGGUCCACAUCUACCAGCAUGGUGUCAAAGGCUGUGAGCAGCUGAACUCAUGUCUGGACUGCCUGGCUCUGGAGUACACCAAUGUCAAAUUCUGUCGUAUUGAUGCUGUGGCGACGGGUGCUGCAGAGCGCUUUUCUGCUGAGGUUCUUCCUGCCCUGCUGGUGUACAAGGCCGGGGAGUUACUGGGAAAUUUCCUGUCUGUUACCAAACACUUCAACGAGGAUUUCUUUGCAACGGAUGUGGAAGGGUUUCUCAAUGAAUACGGCCUCUUACCUGAGAAGGAGUUCACAGCGUGUGCUGACGAUGAGGACGAGGGAGGGGAUGUGGAAUAGGUGGAGAAGGGGGACCAAAGGGGUAACUGGAGGGGGUAAGAGCAGGGGAACGGUAAAUUAUACAGUGAAGGCUAACAGGAGAGCUGAAUCUGGGGGAGAAAUGGACACACACACAGGUAAAGAAGCAUAUAUACACAAUAGUAAACAUCCAGCAGCACACACUGAUGCUGAUCGUAUUUAGAAGCAGUUAGGUGUAAACCACAGGGUGGGAAGAAGUCUGUGCCAGAAUACUGCUUGGCGGUUAAAUCAUAGCUCUCCAAUAAAAGCGUCUUUAUCACAA